AUGAUGCAGCCAWAUAUGAAGAGUGAUACGGGAUUUAGUCUUCCUCUGAGGUUCUGGGUGAACGUGAUCAAGAACCCCCAGUUUGUGUUUGACAUCCACAAGAACAGCAUCACAGACGCCUGUCUGUCUGUGGUGGCCCAGACCUUCAUGGACUCCUGUUCUACCUCAGAACACAAGCUGGGCAAAGACUCACCCUCCAACAAGCUGCUCUACGCUAAAGACAUUCCCAACUACAAGAACUGGGUGGAACGGUACUACUCCGACAUCUCGCGGAUGCCUGUCAUCAGUGACCAGGAUAUGAGUGCGUACCUGGCGGAGCAGUCGCGGCUCCARCUCAGCCAGUUCAACAGCAUGAGCGCRCUGCACGAGAUCUACUCCUACAUAGUCAAGUACAAGGACGAGAUCCUGUCAGCUCUGGAGAGGGAUGAGCAGUCGCGGAGGCAGAGACUCAGGAGCAAGCUGGAGCAGGUCAUUGACACAAUGGCCCUGGCCAGCUGAGGAACGACCCUUCCUCUCAUCCUAUUCUUCUCCAUCUUCCUCUCCGUCUCUCCUCACCCAGAGAAAAUGAAACUCAGACAGUGUGGUUUUCAAACCCUCCUAAAAACACAUGAUGAGCUACUGCAAAGGACAGAAGGCAGUACACUGCACAGGGGCGAUUCAGCAGUACUGGGCGGGCCUGUGCGUGUGUGUAUGUGUGUGUAAAUGCAGGUCUAUAAGUGUGUAUGUGUGUCAGAGACCGGGGCACUGGACAUUUCGUCGCACACACACCGAGAGACAACAUCACCGGAAAGCAUUUUGAUUAUCGUAGCUGUUGUCGUCGUGGUUUUGUUUCUCCGCUGUCGGUUUUCCUGGAUUUUGUCUUCGCUGAAGCCGUGUCUCGGGUAGCCAGGAUGGGAGUUUUGGAAUGGAACUCCGUUUUGGCAUCACGAAAAGGACGGAACGUUGUUUGGACAUGGGCCUUUCUCGGAGCCAAUGAGAGAGUGGUCACAUGAUUCCUGUAGGAGUCAAAGACAUUAUUACUGUUUUGUUUUCGUAUAAUUUUUUUUUAAAUAAAUGUAAUCAACUGCCCACUCUGAUCUCUCGCCACCUGUGUUACUGCUGAAUUUGCACAAUUUACAGAAAAGUUACAAAGGAAGACUAUAUAGAUAUUAUAUAUAAAUACAACUACAUUUUUUAAGAAAUUAAGAUUAGGGUUAAAACAUUUCAGUUUUUAGCUGACAAACACAAUUAAAAAAAUCCAUCAACAAUGAAACUUUAAUUUGAUAUUUUGAGCAACAAAAGAAAAUCUACAUUAGAAGAAUAAAACAACCGCAAACGAAAAAUAAACAAAAGUUAUCCUGUGCCAUGUUUUUGUUGUUGUUGUGAAGUGCAAAGACAUUUUGUUAGAUGGAAUAUGCUACCGUAUGAUUUAAAUAUGCCUAGUGACUGAAAUUAUUCUCUGAGUAAUAAAAGAUACGAAAAUGUAAAAUAUCUAGGGAAGAAAAAAGCAACUUUGUCUCUUAGGGCCACCAUAGGAAGGGCAUCUCAUUAUAUUGUCAUAUUUCUGUAUUGGAAAGUUGGUCUGGAGAGGUCCUGCGAAAAUAAGAAUUUGCUGUCAUUUCCGAUAUGUCGUGCAAUCUCGUUUUUUGAAAAGCAUCACAGACUCACGCAAGCGUUGCUUAUUUUCCUAGACACCUCAGAUUAAAUCUAGUUUGAAAACUAAUUUGUAUCUUCCAGGGCUAAAGAAUUUGACCGUUUGUGCUACAGUGGUUGACCAAUGUAGAGCAUUGCACUACUUGAACCAAUAACCAUCUAUAAGCUACCCCACCACCAGUUAGCAUCACCACAUCUGAUUGGCUAAGCUUGGCAGGAAAUGACCAAUGCUGAGUGGGGUCAUAGGUCAACGUGUGCACAUGUGAUAGAACAUCCACUCUACCCGACAUGUGCCCUGAAAUAACGUAUUGGGUACAGUACAUCUUGAGGGGCUGUGAAUGGGAGGAAAUCCCAGUUUUACCCCUAAACAAGUCUCGUGUCUCCACCCCUAUUAUACAACCGGAAAUCCACCCUCCUUCAGUAUUUCUCUUAAUCUCUUCUGUACCUCUCUAGGCAUUCUCUCAUCCUCGUAACAUCCAACGACAACAACAAGAACAGUCAAACUCUAGGUGGUUCCAGACUUGGUCCACCUAUCCACUAGUGUUAGCCUCAGAAUGUGUUCUCAGUCAACUUAACUGGUAAAAUAAGGGUUAAAUAAAUAGCUAAAUGGGGUCAGGUAGGGCUUUACUAAGCCUCUCAGCCUAAAAUGACAAAGUGGAGAAAGACAGAAAGCCUUUUCCAGCUCCAGGCCCCUCUCGCUCAUCUCUUCCCAAUGCUAUUAUGCAGAUAAUAGGCAAGGUGACGGUAGUACGGUACGGAAAUCUCCUUCUCUCCUAACCCAGAGAUAUGAGACGAGACGGGGCUUUAGCUCUCACCCAUAGGGGGGUCGGGACUGGGGAGAAGAGGCACCCUCCACUCAUUAGCAACACAAGGCUAAGUAAUCCCUUAGCUCCCCUGGCACUUGUUUCCAUCUAAACAAACCCUAAUGCCAUGUGUGGCUUAAGCUUUUUUAAAUACUUCUCUCUUAAGAUAAUUGUUAUUCUCGCUCUUCUAUUUUCCCUUCUUUUUUUGAAGUUUUGGAAGUUUGACUUUGUGGUGCGAUGUUUUUUUUGUUUUGUUUUUAAAUUGCUUGCCGAAAACCAAACUGUGGUCUAAUGUAAUUUCGUUUGAUUUUGUACAUUGUAUUUACUUAGUUUUUUUUUUUCAUGAUGAUGAAGUGAAAUGAAGCUUUUGGCAAAUUUUAUUGUAAUUAGGUUGUUUUCGUUGUUUUUCUCGUCUCUCUUUUGAACAUGUAUAUUGUGCGUAAUACGGUACGCCGAAGAUAAAGACGUCUUGGGUUUAUCUGAAGUUGAAGUACUUUACCGAUCUAAAGGUUUCUUUUCUGAUCUCCACGAUCAGUGGAAAACAUUGCAUCAGAUAAGCAUCUGUCUUUUCAAGAUUGAAUGAGUGACUUGAUGCUAUAAUCCACAUCUUCAUUUUUUUUUUACCAUCAGGGCUAUCAUUCUACUCGGAAAUAAAUGCUGUUGCAAUUCAUUGUAUGCCAGGUUCCUUCCAAUAUUCCUCUGCACAGAAAUGAAGAAAAAAACACCCCUAAAUAGACAGGACACAUUGGUACAUCUCAAAUGGCACCAUAAUACCUAUCUAUUGCACUAUGGCAGUGGUCKAAACUAGUGCKCUAUAUAGGGAAUAGGGUGCCAUUUUGGACGCAGGCAUUGAUGUAUACAGCUAUACUGCAUUCCUGUUGUACCUUUCUCUACAUAUCGGACCAUUUACAUAGGGGUGCUAGCCUGGUCCCAGAUCAGUUUAUGAUGUAUAGCCAAGACAGUAUUUACAAUGUAUUGAGAGGACUGCACAAACAGAUUUGAGACCAGGCUAUACAGCUGCUGCUUUGAGAGCCAAACGGAACCCUUCUAGGGACCACUCGUCUUGCACUACUAGCGUUCUUGGGCCAAAACAACAUUCCAAAGUUAGCUUCUUUGAACAGAACAGGGUUCCUUUCUAAGCAACCGUGUACCUGACUAACUUGCUGGGACAAAGCUUUACAUUUUGACAUAAUACAUUUUUAACUACUGUACAUACUGCAUUUUGUUUUUUUAAUGAUUAGUCAGCUUUACAGGGUUUUAAAAAAACAUGUUUUUCCACGAGUACACAACCUUCCCUCUUUUGCUGCGUCUAUCUUUCGGUGCUCUUAGAUCACAAGUUAAUGAAGUAGAUUGGUCUCCAAAGCUCCCGAAGCUCAGUGAAUUUGUUAAUAGCAGUCCUAUGAAAUAUCCGCAUCGUAACCAUGUAUGCGGAAAAUACAUUACACGCUGGCAGCUCGGCCUGUCCAAACUCUUUAAUUUGAGUUUCUCCCAUCACUGCCCUGGUUGGGUUUCUUAUGAAGACGCAACUUAUUCUUCAUUUCUCAGGACAUUGUUUUGCGACGUUCUCUCUGCGCUGUAGUUCCAUUGUUUCAACGUUACGGCCUUGAGAGGAGGACUUUAGCUUGUUUUUGCAUGACUGCUUGAGUUUGAUCAAUUUGCUUCCCCUAAGUCCAGAAGGCUCCUACGUGAGAUUUCAUUGUUUCACAUGAUCUGUCCCUGUUUGUUUGUUUGUAUGGUGAUUGGCUUGUGUUGGUGUCACUGAAGUGGUACAAUGUACAGCAUGUCGAUUUAGUAGCAUCAUGGCCAUUUAAUGUGAUCAAGAGGAACCGGCGCUAAAUCUUGACAGAGCCUGACAUAAAGCUGUCAUAGGACCGAUAUAGUGCUGUCAUGUGAUCGACAGCCUGCCGAAGUCGUUUGUGGCUAGCCCCACAUUGUUUGGUUGAGAAUCUCAUGCCAUAUUACAGUGUUACGUCAAUCGACAUACAUAUGAACUGUUAUGACCUCACAUGGUCCAUCUCUCAUCAACUCAAGUUAGCUCAUCAUUAAUCUUUCCCUGAACCAUCUACACCCAAACAGAUUGGGCCAGUUUCCCAGAACCAGAAUAAGCCUAUUCCUGGAUUAGAAAACACCUUUUCAAAGGAGAUUCUCCAAUGAGCAUGAUUUUUGGAGCUGGAAUACGUUUAAUUCUGAUCUGGGAAUCUGACCCAAAAUGAUCAACCCAGUCAUGCCUUGUCAUACUAUUGCCUUUCCAAGCCCUGGUUUGAGAAGAUUCUGAUCAUUUAUUUUCCCCUUCAUUCAUUUUUACCAAACUCUCUCAACUCAGUAGCUGUAAUUUUUCCAAAUGAAAACUGCAAAAUCGAUCAAUUACAGACAAACUGGCACAAUUUUUUUUUUUCUUCCUACAUACAAUAAUUCUGAUACUUUAAGUUUCAGACUUCAAGUGACUGUCACAAGUGUGCAGGUUAAUGUUCAUUGUGUAAAUAUUCUGUUGUUUCCUAUUUUGCAGAUUUACUACUUGUAAAUAAACACUCAUCAAGGAGA